AUGAAUUCUGAUGAGAAUCGUCGUGUGAGUAAAGUAACGUUUGAUUUGCUACAGAAUAAAACCCGUAUGGUUUUUUCGAACACAUCAACUUCAGGAACAAAACAUGGAGCGCAGACCUCAAAUCGGAGACAUAGCGAAUUCUUAUCCAACGCGGAUCCGCUAAACAAGAAGUCCGAUGGUCGCCGGCAUAGUGAAAUAUACCAUACCAAACGCAGACCGAGUGAUGUUCUAAAAGAAACUCCUCAAAGCCAUCACGUUCCAACAACUCAUCAAAGUUCGCUUAUCGAACACGAUCGCCAAUUGAACAGAAUGCUAAAAGACAGGCGAUACAGCGAUGAAAAGAUCUACCUCCUAGAUGUGGUGUCUUGCGGCAAAAGUUUACGAACUAAAUCUAUUAUGGCAGUGGUCUCACUUCAGAAACAUGGCAAUGUCACGGCUGUGUUCUAUAAUAAGUAUGGAAUAUUGUCUUCUUCAGCCAACCGUGCAAGAUUCCAGGCCACUUCCGGUCCCAAGAGGUUCUCCGAGGGGGAUGUGCUGGAAGCACAGAGUCUCCAACAAUCUGGAUUAAUCGGUCAAAGAAGCCAUAUCAGCAAGUUCAAGAAUGUUGCCAAAGUAGCAGCAUUUAGUGAAAGAUUAAGAGGUAGAAGAAUAUCCGAAGUUGAUGCUAGACUGACCAUGGAUAUCAAAGGUCAAGGUCGCCGAGGGACCGUCCAUGGCAACCAGCUUUAUGCUCAUGGCGAUGGAACGCGUAGAGUUGAGGAACCAUUUGGGAAACACCGCUUGAGCACACUUUUAGCUGCCACACUAAAGGCGAAAGAAGAGGAGAAAAAGAAAAUGUUGCGGAAAUUACAGACUGUCAGUAGAGCAGUGGGACGUAUCUGUGCUUUACAGAGGCUUAUAUUGCAACGGAAUGCCAACGACACUGUAUAUCAGUCACAGUUAAAGGAAAUCGGCAGUUCCCCAGUCAACGAGAAAAAUACAUAUGGAGCCAAUAGGAUUGACGUGUCCUAUUUCAAAGCUAAUCGUCAGAUGCGAAUGUCCCAGCGAGGUUUACAGAUUCUGUCUAAACCCCCGGACCAGAGGACCAGGGAUGACAUACGAUAUGCAACCAAUGCCCUCCGGAAUGUGAAAUAUAUUGCGGAAUUUCCCCUGAGGAUCCAAGAGGCCUUGGCGCGUGUAGGAUUUGUGGAAUGCUACGAUGCCAAACGCUUCAUUGUGAAGGAAGGGGGAGCUCCAGAAAACGCAUAUAUUGUUCUGUAUGGCUCAAUUGUAACUGCUAUUCUGGAUGAUCACAAACUAUCGGCAACAUCUAUAGACGUAUUAAUAAAACGAGGGCAACCCUUUGGGGAAAUAGGAGUUUUCAAAAACAAACCAAGGGGAGGAUCAAAUAUUACAAAUGAAUACACAGAAGUCUUGAGGAUACCAGCGGAGGAUUACAAGAAGAUUUUUAUGGGUGGAGUGCAAAUUGACCCCGAGAGUGACCCUUAUCUCAGGAAGUUCAGUUUCCUGAGAAACUGGCCUCUUAAAUCUUUAAAAGAAGAACCAGGAAAAUAUUUUGUGACUUAUUUUCAACGAAAUGUAAUACUAACAAGAGAUAGCAAUAAAUCCGACUGGAUUUACAUUGUGAAAGAGGGAUCUUUAAGGGUUUUAAAAAGACUGGACAAAGUAAAACCAACAGUGAAUAAACGUUCAGGAGAGUACAGAUUGGAUGCUCAUCCCAGUGGGUAUUUUUCGUUUCUUAGUCAACACCAGGAUUUUGAUCGUUAUAUAAGUUACCAUGACAUCGAUCUCCCGCCUCCACUUCAAAUGGAGGAUGGCUCUGGGGAUGAAUUUGAUGGUCCUUAUUCUAGUCAAGGGACUCCGAGGUAUAAAAAGUCCCAGGCGCUGACAGACAGACUAAAUACAGUUUUACGGCCACAUACAACAGGAAGAAUGAUUAUCACUCCCGGAAGUGAAAGAGAAACCGACCAAUCACCAAGGUCGGCAGUCAGUGAUAGUCCCGCAGCAAGAAGUCAAAAGAGUCAGACCCCUAGCUCCAACAAAGGUGGAUGUGAAUCUCCUGCCCUCUCUAGUAUCACAGAGGGAGAAAUUGCACCGGAUGGAAAGAAAAGAAUAGGGUUAAAGACACUUUUUACAGAUCUUGAUACAGGUGCUAAAACGCCAGAAGAUGAGAGGAUUCGCAGAGUAAAAAUUAACCCAUUGAUAGAAGAACACUUUGUGCCAUUACCAGAGACAGACAAGGAGCCGGAGUGGGUCCAUGUGCAAACUCUCACAAAAGAUCAAAUAUUUGGUCUCCAGUAUGUGACAUUUGAAAGGGACAAACAGCCACAGCCAAGCUUUGUGGUUAUCAGUAACGGGGCUGAGGUUGUCCAAAUCAGUCGUACAUUGUUCCUUUCUAAGCUCGAUUUCAAUGCCAGAGAGAGGCUACGCAGUGAGGUUUCCCCGUAUCCAACAGAUGAGGAAUUACAACAAAAUUUAAUGACUCGUAUUAACUGGGAAUCCUAUAAAGAUAUAGUUCUUCAGCAGUUUGUGAAUGAAAAAUCCAGACGUAGACCAGCAACACAAUGUGUCAAAUAUAGACCAAUGAGAUUUAAGCUUACAAAAUCAACUGUGGCGAGGUCUGUGUAUUCAUAGUUUUUGUGUCACCUACUUCUUGAUAUGUUGGAAAUUUCAAGUAAAUGUACCGAAAAUGGAUAGCUAUCUGGAAUAAAUUUUGAUAUUUGAGACUUGGCUUCCAAAUUGCAUCUUCUGUUAUCUGAACAUAACAGCUGAAAUUGAUCUGACCAAUACUGGAUUGACAGACACAUUAAACUGAAUAAUACAUGUAUGCUUCAUGAUUUUGAUUAAAUUAUUAAUUUUA